GGUGUUCAACCGACGAGCCAGCCACGCCUCCGGCAGCACGUGCAGAAGACCUGGAUGGGGAUUGGUCCAUUGCCACGAGUGCAAAAACCGCCCAAGCGACGCAGACAUUUGAGGAUGAGGAGGAGUUCGUGCAGCCCUGGUCCCCGGAGUUUGAUGAAGCAGAGAUCGAAGUUGCUUUGGAACCGGUGUUGAAAGAGAUGCUGGGGCAGGAC